GCACACGCUAAACCAGUUAGCACUGGCGCUAGCAUCACUCAGCUGUUUCGUCCAUUUUGUUUAGCUUAGCCAAGCUGCGUCUAAUUAAUGUGCAGCAGAGAUGGAUGACGGCGACGAGCCGGGUUUAGUCCUCUCUCACAACACUUCUUCGGGCUCCAAGUCGGGUGGGGACAAGAUGUUUUCCCUGAAGAAGUGGAAUGCUGUAGCUAUGUGGAGCUGGGACGUUGAAUGCGACACUUGUGCCAUUUGCCGAGUACAAGUAAUGGACGCGUGUCUACGAUGCCAAGCGGAAAAUAAGCAGGAGGACUGUGUUGUUGUGUGGGGAGAGUGCAACCACUCCUUCCAUAACUGCUGCAUGUCCCUUUGGGUGAAGCAGAACAACCGCUGUCCCCUCUGCCAGCAGGACUGGGUGGUUCAGAGGAUCGGCAAAUAA